AUGGACAUCCCUGGCUACUCUUCAGCGGUGCCCGCCACCUCGGAACCCGGGAACACUUCCUCGGCCUGGUCCCUGGAUGCCACCCUGGGAAACAGGUCUGGGGCCCCCAGCCCCGCUGGGUCAGCUGUCAGGGGCAUUCUGAUCCCCCUGGUCUACCUGUUGGUGUGCGUGGUGGGUCUGCUGGGCAACUCGCUGGUCAUCUAUGUGGUCCUGCGGCACACGGCGAGCCCGUCGGUGACCAACGUCUACAUCCUCAACCUGGCGCUGGCCGACGAGCUCUUCAUGCUGGGGCUGCCCUUCCUGGCGGCCCAGAAUGCCCUGUCCUACUGGCCCUUCGGCUCCCUCAUGUGCCGCCUGGUCAUGGCCGUGGACGGCAUUAACCAGUUCACCAGCAUCUUCUGCCUCACCGUCAUGAGCGUGGACCGCUACCUGGCCGUGGUGCACCCGACGCGCUCGGCCCGGUGGCGCACGGCGCCGGUGGCCCGAGCGGUCAGCGUGGCCGUCUGGGUGGCCUCGGCGGUGGUCGUCCUGCCCGUGGUGGUCUUCUCGGGCGUGCCCCGGGGGAUGAGCACCUGCCACAUGCAGUGGCCCGAGCCCGCGGCCGCCUGGCAGGCCGGCUUCAUCAUCUACACGGCGGCCCUGGGCUUCUUCGGGCCGCUGCUGGUCAUCUGCCUCUGCUACCUGCUCAUCGUGGUCAAGGUGCGCUCGGCCGGCCGCCGCGUGUGGGCGCCCUCGUGCCAGCGGCGCCGCAGCUCGGAGCGCAGGGUCACGCGCAUGGUGGUGGCCGUCGUGGUGCUCUUCGUCCUCUGCUGGAUGCCCUUCUACGUGCUAAACAUCGUCAACGUGGUGUGCCAGCUGCCCGAGGAGCCCGCCUUCUUUGGCCUCUACUUCCUCGUGGUGGCACUGCCCUAUGCCAACAGCUGCGCCAACCCCAUCCUCUACGGCUUCCUCUCCUACCGCUUCAAGCAGGGCUUCCGCCGGGUGCUGCUGCGGCCUUCGCGCCGCGUGCGCAACCAGGAGCCCGCACCGGGGCCUCCGGAGAAGACGGAGGAGGAGGAGGAGGAGGAUGGCGAGGGGGAGGGCGACGACGAGGACAGUGGGAAGGGCAGGGGUCAGGGGGUGCGCACGCAGGCGAAUGGCGAGGUCAGCCAGAUCGCCCAGGCUGGGCCCAGCGGGCAGCAGCGGCCUCCGAGCUGCACCAUGGGGAAGGAGCAGCAGUUCCUACCCCAGGAGCCCUGUGCGGGGAACAAAUCCAGUGCACUGCACAUUAGCUACCUGUAA